AUGGCUGUAAUGGAAUCAAAUAUGAUGAAGAUUAUGAAGAAUCAGACAUCUAACAAGAAGGAAUUUGCUGAUCUUCUUAAAACCCAUAAUGAGAUGGAGCAGACACUGAAGAAGAACACGUACGAGGUUCGUAUCGUCAACAAGUCUUACUCUAAAUUUGAAAAGAACUUCUUCAAACGGCAAAGCGAAUUGCUCGACUGCAAAAAAGAAAACAACGUUGAAAUGCAUAAUGAAGUUAUGGAUGGAAUUAGCUUAAUUCGAGAUCAGAUGGUUGAGAUUCAAGGUAAUAUUAGGCGAGCUGAUGCUGAGAGGUUAGAACAGGCCGAUUCCUUUGCAAGGAAUAUUCAGGAUGAAAAAGAUGUCAAGGCUGCGGCCGAGAAAGAGAAGAAUUUUAUCACUCAAGGUGAGGACAAUAACGGAAGAAGAGGUGGUGGUGUUUCAACAGGCACCAGGUCCAAGAGAAAUUCAACUGGUGAUAAUAGCGACAGACCAAUCAAAAAAGGCGGAGGUCGCAGCGGCGAUCGCGGUGGAAGAAGUAUCGGAGGUCGCAACGGUGAUCUUGGUGGUCGAAGUGGUGGAACUGGUCGUGGUGGCCAUUCUCUCCCUCAUUUUCACAAGCUUCUGACUAGUGAAGAAAUCAGCGGUCAAGGAUUCACCUACCCGAUCGACCCACUCUCGAAAAGGGAAGAACAAUAA